AUGGCCAUCCACUCUAAGAACAAGGCCCAGAUGUGCAAAGUGUUUCCUUCGAGCCUUGGUCCCAUAGCAAUGAGAUGGUUUGACGAGAUUGAGGAAGGUUCGAUAAGCUCCUAUAAGGAAUUGACGAGAGCAUUUGGAGCUAGAUUCGUGACUUGUAGUCGGGUUCCUAAGCCUUUGGACUCUUUACUCUCCAUGGCCAUGAGGGAAGGGGAGACCCUAAAAAACUAUUUUGAUAAAUAUUGGGAGCUAUAUAAGGAAAUCUUUGGGGACUUUGAGGAUGUGGCUAUCAGAACCUUCAACGUAGGGCUCCCUACCCAGUCGGACCUCUGGAAAUCUCUCACUAUGAAACCUCCUCGGAACAUGCAUAAGUUGAUGGACCAUAUUGAAGAGCAUAAAAGGGUGAAAGAUGAUCAGAGCCAAGGAAAAGGGAAGGCAAAAAUCUUCUCACCCAACUGA